AUGAGGAAAGCAAAGCUGCGGAAGGAGAAAAGGGACCUCCGGCAAGGGCCGGAAAUCAAGAUGGAGGUGGCCAAGAAAGGAGGGCUACGGGACGACCCUCCAAGUUUGCAGGCUGAGCUGGGCUUAGGAGCUGGGUCCCAGCCCUCUCUUGCCCCCCAAGCUGGAGGGAUAGGGGGAUUCUUGGAAAUGCCCCACCACCAAGAGGACCAAAGCCUGCAUAAUCUGUGGGAGACGCAGUUCCAGGAGUUCCUGAAGGACACCGUUUUCGAGAAGCAGCUGCUGGAUGAUCUAACUCCGUGGGAGGAUCCUCGGGCCUUCCUGGCCUCCUUCGAGAAAGUCGCCGUGGCUUGCCGCUGGCCGAGAAAAGAGUGGGUGACGCGGCUGCUGCCAGCUCUCAGCGAGGAGGCUGAGAAGGCUUUCGUUGCCCUCUCCGCCGAGGAUCGGGAAGACUACUGGAAGGUGAAGUCAGCCAUCCUGCACCGUGAGGCCAUCUUCAGAGAGAAGCAACGUCAAAAGUUCCGCCGGUUUUGCUUUCAAGAAGCCGAGGGACCACAGCAAGUCCUCGCCCGGCUCCAGGAGCUCUUCUGCCAGUGGCUGCGGGUCGAGAGGAGCAGCAAAGAGCAGAUUCUGGAGCUCCUGCUUCUAGAACAGUUCCUGAACAUCCUGCCGCGGGAAAUGCAAAACUGGGUCAAGGAACGUACUCCGGACACCUGCCUGGAAGCUGUCGGUCUGGCCGAGGAGUUUCUGAGACGGCUCCAAACAGCUGAAAGGAGUGGAGAACAG